AUGACCCCAUCUGGGAUGUUUUUAACUGUCAACCAUACAUUCAAUGGAGCUUCCAGGGAGGAGCUACGCACCCACAUCCUAGAACGGGUGGCCGAUAGCUUCUCGCAUGAGAAUCCACGCGCCGAUGAGAAUCUUCUUUCUGACUUUGAUCAUCCCAUUCCAAUACAUCGAUACUUCUUCGAAAUUGACCAAGAUGCAUUGCGCAGCCUUGUCACUGGAGAUUAUGAGGGCCAUGCGAACUUCGUUGACGGCUUCUGGUUGGCAAGUGACCAUCGCUCAGGCAAUCUUAAAACUGCCGCGCAAACAAAUCUUGAACAGCCGCAGAAUCGAACGAAGCCUACUGAAGUCUGCUCGGAUGUUGACUGGAUGAAAAUGGACAAGCGCUUUUUCUUAGACACUCAUUUCUACGCUGCCAUCAGCAUGGUAGUGUCCGCUAUGUGGCCGUCCUUUUACAACCGCCCUCCUAUCAUUGUGCCGCAUAGUAAGCUUGUUUCUAUGUGA